GGGGUUGUAAACUUGCGUGUUCUUUUCAAAAAAUUGUGUCUUUGCUGAGCGGGUCACUGUAACUUUUCGUAAACAUCAAAAUUUCCUUUGAUUGAAAAUUUAGUUUUGUUGUGUUUGUCAUUAAAGAUGGCACGAUAUUUUGGUAUUGAUAAGAUAGGAAAAUUGUUCUCUUACAUUCAACAGAAUGGAGGCAUUCGUAAUACUUUGUGGAAAAUGUAUCGAAUGGACGAAGGGAAAGCUGGAACAUUGAUUGGCACCGAUAAAUAUGGAAACAAAUAUUAUGAAGAUCCAACACAAUUUUAUGGACGUAAUCGCUGGGUUGAAUAUGUUGAGCAUAGAAAUUUAGAGUAUGAUGGAUCACAAAUUCCUGCAGAAUGGUUCGGUUGGAUGCACUACAAGACGGAUUUGCCUCCACAUCGUGAUGGAAAUCGCAAACAUUACAAAUGGAUGGCGGACCAUAGUGAAAAUCUUUCAGGAACCACUGAUUCCUACAUGCCCUACUCAACAACUCGUCCUAAAGUUGAAGCUUGGGAUCCAAAGAAGUCAACAGCUCAGUGAAUAAUUUAUUCAUCAAUGGUUCGUUUAUUCUGUGAAGCUUAGAAAAUAAAAUAUAAACACAAAUCUGAAUGUAA